UUUCUUUUGCUUACUGUUAAUUAUGCUAGUGAUGGCAUAAUGAUUUAUUUGUUACCCUUAUAUUGUGGAGUUUAUAAAGCUUGUUGGACUAAAUUUCAAUUGCAUAGAAAUUUUUUGAUAGUAAUAAGAUGAGUACCCAUGAUCUAAUGGCCUUUUAUGGGGGAGAAUUUGGGGGGUGAAGCAAAAUUUCUAUGUCAAGAUACUGCUUGUUUUAGUAUUGGGAAGAAGUAUUAGUGGUAAGAAAAAGGAAACAAAUGAUUGUGUUGCUAUCAAAUUUAUGAAGUAGCAUCCCACCACUUAAAACAAGCAAUGAUGUUUGAGGUAUUCAAGUAGCUAUAUUGAUUUUUAUCUUACUAGUGUAGCAUUCCUUGAAGUCACAUUUUGAUUUGUUUUAUGUAGAAGUAGGCUUGUUGGGUGACUUGGUAUGUGCGAAUCAUAGCAACCUAGUUUUGCCUUAAAAGAGAGUCACAUCUUGCAGUUACUGAAUGUCACAUGGCCAUUUCAUUUUUUCGUUGUUUUUUCUUAGAGAGCUUGGCCAAGUUCCCUCGGAGAGCAAGUUCUACACCUGGAUUUCAUGGUCAACCUCAACAACUGGAGGAACAACUACAACAGCAGGCACAGCAGCAAACAAUGGGUCAGAACUCAAGAAAUGAUCAAAGCUCCGUCCAGGCCACUGCAAUGCAAGCUGCUUCUAGCAAUGGUGUGCCUAAUGCAAAUAACUCUCUCAACUCAGCAUCAACCACUUCCUCCACUAGCACCAUUGUUGGGCUUCUCCAACAGAGCUCAAUGAACUCCAGACAGCCCAACCCUAUGAACAAUGCAAAUAGUCCAUAUGGAGGAAGCGGGAUUCAGAUUCCUUCUCCUGGUUCAUCAAGUACAAUGCCACAUGCUCAACCCAAUCCUUCUCCAUUCCAAUCACCGACACCGUCAUCAUCCAACACUGCUCUGCAAAAUUCUCAUGGCGGCUUAACAGCUGCAGCUCAUAUGAGUUCUGCAAAUUCUCCAAAUAUCUCCAUGCAACAACAACCAGCUCUAUCUAGUGAUGCCGACCCAAGUGAUUCCCAGAGUUCUGUUCAGAAAAUCAUACAAGAAAUGAUGAUGUCUACGCAAAUGAAUGGUGGGGGCGGUAUGGUGGGUGUUGGUUCCUUGGGGAAUGAUGUGAAAAAUGUUAAUGGAAUGUUGCCAACAAGCAAUAGCACAGGUCUUAAUGGUGGCAACAGCCUGGUGGGAAAUGGAACAGCCAAUAGGCCGAGACCUCGGGAGUCUCUCCUCUAUCUACGGCAGUACUUCGAUACAGUACGACCAUCAGAGAUCGCAUGGCAGCCUUGGGCACCUUUGGGUAGUGACCUCCGAUUUCAGUUUGCUGGAGCCUGGGGUACCUCUCGGUACAAGAUCCUGUUAGAGGGGCCGGUUGGCAAGGCCUGGUUUUUAGGGGAGCGCUUCCUGCGCCAAACAUGGGGCUACCCUGUUCAGGACAUUCCCUCAGCACCCCCAGAUGACAUGCGGACUGCUGAUAGGCUCCCUCCCCAGGGUGUCGUCGACACCAGGUUGGGUACUGAUGCAUUCCUUCAUCUGGAGCAGGGAGAGUAUGCGACUUAUUGUCACACAUAUUUGAUGCCUUCGUUGACGGGAGUCCAUACCCCAACGAGGAGACCCGCUGAGCACAUCUGA